UGACUCAGAACCCGAAAAUUGAAUCAAUCCAAGACCUUUGAAUGAUGCAUUGUGCCGUUCCUCAAGAUUUCGAGGACGACCUUGCACUCCCCUACAUGUACUACUAGAGAUAGUUGGCUGUUUGUGCGAGGAGCUCUGCGGAUGGGAGCAGAGGUUGUUGCUGCUUCCGAUGGGGGAUGAAGAAUGCUCCUUGGAGUGAGAUGGACUUCCCGAGCAAAGUCUGCGAACCAAACAAUCUUUCUCGUCUGCGGAAAAAGCCAGGACACCACGAGUCGAGUCGAAUCUAAAAGAUUCGAUCUUUGGAGAGACGAGGGCAGGAACAUCUACAUGUAAUCACAAAACAUGCUAUGAGCUAUACAGAGACGAAGUUCAGAAUCUAAGGACGGAGCAUUGAGGUCCAGCUAAGUAAAUACCUAACUGGUAGUUAGUUAGCCCUGUAACCAUUUGAGCUUUUACCGUAAAGAGAGGUGCUGUUUGGGGCCACAGCAAGUCAGUGUUUGUUGGUGGGCUCUGGGUGAUGUCAUGUCUUGAAAGAACGGCGGAAUCUCAAAGAUUCACGAUCUUGCCAAAAUUUAAUCAUCUUUCGGUGUUGUCGAUCGGCGAUGUCAAAAAAUGGGGGAGACGACCUCUCCGAGAAACAUGACGUGGCCCAACCAAAGAAAUAUUGACGUGGAAAGGCCAUUUCUAAAGCUUUGCAGCACUUCGGACUGCAGAUGAUGGAGGCAGGUACAUGUAGGGUAUAGGGGUGUCUCCGAGUAAAAUCUCCCGCUGCAACUUUCGUUGUCACACUUACUACUUGUGAGAAUUCAGGUUCCGGUACAAACACCUUCACAGCAUCCCAGAGUGAAUCUCGUCCUGCAAAGUAGAUUCGUCCAUUGGAUUGAAGGAAGACAAGUCGACGUGGUCGGCCCAGAUAGCUUAAAUCCAAUCGAUAUUUCCUCUGCGUCCUUUUUUCUUUCAUGACGAUGAACUGUCCAAAAUGAAAAAUUCUUUGUCACACUCAUCCAUCAGCCACUCGUCAAAGACCCUCAAACGAACAGGAACUCCUCUACGUGAUCCCAGUGAUCCAUCCUCCAUCCGAAAUGCAGCAGUUCUCACAAUCUCGAGUGAGGGAAGGAAGAAAGCAACUACCUGUGUCAUCGAAAAGCAAUCUUGAAGAUGUCGACUGAUCUUGAAAAGAAGAACAAAUCAUCUCCUCCUCUGGACUUCGAUGCCGGAGAGGAAGCCAUGGACCUUGAUGAGGCCAUGAAUGCUAGUUGGGGUGAGGUCUUCCACAGCUGCUGUGUCCACACACCCCAAGAGUGGGGUAUGAUUUUCAUUGGUGUCUGUGCAUGUGCCUUUUUCCUCUACUUCUUCCUCCUUGGUCUUGAUGUGCUUGGAAAUGGAGCCAAGGUCAUGACUGGCUGUGGUGCUGGAAACCUCUUUGGUGAUGACACCAACCCUGUUGCUGGUGUCAUGAUUGGUAUCUUGGCUACUGUCCUCCUCCAAUCCUCCUCCACAACCACUUCCAUUGUUGUCUCUCUUGUCGGUGACGAUAACGCUAUCUCUGUUGAACAAGGGAUCUACAUGAUCAUGGGAGCCAACAUUGGAACUUCGGUGACCAACACUAUUGUUGCGAUGGGUCAAAUGGGAGAUGGUGAUGAAUUGGAGCGUGCAUUUGCUGGUGCCACAGUCCAUGAUCUGUUCAACUUUGCCACUGUUGCCAUCCUCCUCCCUGUUGAAGUUGUCACUGGAUACUUGAAUGCCCUCACUGGUGCCAUUGUCAAGAAUGCUGAAGUGAAGGACGGAGAAAAGUGGACGGGUCCUGUCAAGAAGAUUGUUGGACCUCUCACUUCCAAGAUCAUCAAGGCAAACAAGAAGGUGACUCAAGAGAUUGCCCAGGGCAAGAAGACAUGUGAAGAAUACUACCCAAUUGUCUGUGAAGAUGGAGUUGUUUCCAAGAAGACUUGCAAGGUCGCCCUCAUUGCCUGUGACAGCGAUACCAACAAGUGUCCCAUCUUCUUCUCCCCUGAUGCCACAAAGAAUGAUGAAGUUGUUGCCGGAGCGGUCUGCUUUGUUCUGGCCAUCUUGCUCCUCUUCAUCUGUUUGUUGGGCUUGGUCACUGUCUUGAAAAAGAUGCUCUUGGGUGUGUCUUCCCGUGUUAUCUACAAGGCCACCAACCUCAACGGAUAUGUUUCCAUGGUCAUUGGAGCUCUUCUUACCCUGCUGGUCCAAUCUUCCUCCAUCACCACCUCUGUUCUUACUCCCCUCGUUGGAGUUGGUGUGCUUCCCCUUGAAGCCAUGUUGCCCCUUACCCUUGGUGCUAACAUUGGUACUACCAUGACUGCCCUGUUGGCCUCCCUGGUUUCCGACAACAUUGACUCCUUGCAAGUCGCUCUAGCUCAUUUGUUCUUCAACAUCACCGGAAUUCUAAUUUGGUACCCCAUUCCAUUCAUGAGGAGAGUCCCUCUCAGCGGAGCCCGUUUCCUUGGAAAGAUGACACGUGUCUGGCGUGGAUUCCCUGUCUUGUACAUUGCAAUCGUCUUCUUCUUGAUCCCUCUCUACUUCUUGGGUCUUUCCUCCCUCUUCACCCAAGGCACUGAGGGAUGGACAGCCCUUGGGAUCUGUCUCACUCUUCUCACUGCCUUUGCCAUCUUCUACACCGUCUUCUGGUGCAAGUUCCGUGAUGGAAAGCAGAAAAUGGUCGUCAAGUUCCACAACCGUCAACGCAAGAAUGAUGCCAUCUCCACCCUUGCUGACGAUAUGGAUGCAAUGAAGCGCAAGCUCCAGAUCCUCAUGGACCACACUGGAGCGCCUGCUGAUGAGGAUGUGGAAAUGGGCAACUUUGAAAUGGAAGAUCAAGCGUUGCUCAAGGAAGAGAACACUGGUGACGACGAACUCAGUGAGAUCCAAACGUAAGAGAACCCACAGUUUGGCCGCAAAUGGGAGUGCUGGGCUCAUCAGCGGCAUGGCUGGUUUUAUUAGAUGACUCUGCAUGUUUUGGAGCUCGAGCCCAGUUUGAUAGUACAUGUAAAGCAAAUAAGAUUGAAGUAGAGUGU